CCAUGCUAGAAACCAAAAUGGCUGCCCCGGGGAAAGCAGCCCAACCCGAGGAGCACCGAGGGGGACGUGCCGAGUGACGCCCGCCGCGCACCGCCACGCCUCGCCGAACCCGCCACACGCGCAGAUAUUUAGAUUGAAGCGCCAUGAUCAAAUUUUUCCUGAUGGUGAAUAAACAAGGCCAAACAAGGCUUUCUCGUUACUAUGAAUACAUGGACCUUCAUAAGCGGACAGUUCUGGAAGCUGAAGUAAUCAAGCAGUGCCUUUCUCGUACAAAGGAGCAAUGCUCCUUUCUUGAGUACAAGGAUUUUAAGUUAGUCUAUAGACAGUAUGCUGCUCUUUUCAUAGUAGUUGGAAUCAAUGAAACAGAGAAUGAGAUGGCUGUAUUUGAACUGAUUCAUAAUUUUGUUGAGGUUUUGGACAAGUAUUUCAGCAGAGUGAGUGAAUUAGAUAUCAUGUUCAAAUUAGACAGAGUGCAUAUAAUUUUGGAUGAAAUGGUUCUAAAUGGUUGCAUUGCAGAAACCAACAAAACCAGAAUUCUUGCACCUCUUUUGGUUCUUGAUAAAAUGGCAGAAACCUAGAAGAAACAAGCCAGAAAAUAAUAUUGUACAUAUUUGAAAACAUUCUUCAAAUAAAAAGGACAGUUUUUGAGUUUUUUGCCAAGUUGUGAAUAAUUGUUUUCAGACUAAAAGAUUACUUAAGCGAAUGUUUAGCACUCAUCAUCUUCUUGUAAAAUUACAUUUUUUGCUACCAUGCCAAAUGUUUUUGAAGUUUGUAAUAUGCUUAAGGAAUUAAUCUUUAUAUAUAAAUAUGGAUGUGUGUGUCUUUA